AAAGACACCUCUCUUAAGAACUGGUGGAAGAAAGUCACCUUGAAGAAGCAGAACACUCGCAAAUCAGUUCAGGUUUUCGGUGUACCAUUGGAAAACAGUCUUGAAUUAUCCAGAGCAAUAGUUACCUAUACAGACAAUGGCAAUAAACCUAUUGUAGGCUAUAUACCCACUAUUGUUGCAAAAUGCGGCUUCUUCCUCAAAGAUCAGGGCAAAGUUGGACUGACAGCACAACACACCAGCGCAAAACGUAUCGGUGAACUCCAACUCAUAUUCAAUACCCCACUUGACUACGGCAAGCAAUUUGACUGGAAAGGCUAUUCUGUCCAUGAUGCUGCUAAUGUUCUUCGCCGCUUUCUCAACUAUAUGCCUGAGCCUGUCAUUGUCCACGAGCUAUACCAUCCUUUCCGUAAUUUUAUUACAGAAACCGAAUCUACGGAUAUUAACCGCAUUAGGGCAUUUCAACACCUACUUGAUCAACUGCCAUGCGAGAAUCAACACUUGUUAUUCUACCUCCUAGACCUCAUUGGCGUAUUUGGCAAACAUGCGCACUACACCAAAAUGGAUAUUUUCAAUUUGGCUUCAGUAUUCACACCCGGACUUCUCCUGAGCCCCGAACACGCAAUGAACCCGAUUCAUUACAAGACAUCCCAGAAGGUUGUCCAGUUCCUGAUUGAGCACCACGCCAGCUUC